AUGGACGACGAAUUCUCCUACAACCGCUCGCAGCAGCGCCGCGUCCGCCCCGCCGAGUACUCCGGCACGCUGGGCAACAUGCAGGCGAACAACAUGCGCGACAGCAACAUGCAAACAAGCAACAUCCCGCGCCGGAUGAGUAGCAACAUGCAGGGGACGACCAAUAUGCCGGGGAGCGGCGGGCAUGCGCACGACAUGCCGGAGAAUGUGUGGACGGGCGAGCAGCAGGAGGUGCGGAAUCCGAUGCUGCAGGGGGUGAAUCCGAAUACGCGGGGGAAGGAGAAGGAUAUGCAUGAUUGGGUGAAGGAGGACUAG